AUGAGCCCGGGGAGCGACCGGCGCCUGGGCCCUCUCCUGCUGCUGCUGGCGCUGCUGCAGUGCGCGGGGCGGCGGCGGGCAAUUGUGAAUGGAUCAGUUCCAGAUGUCUGUGCAACUUGCCACAUUCAUGCUACAUGUCAUCAAAUUGAAGGAAAAAGUGCCUGCAUCUGUAACUAUGGAUUCGUAGGCAAUGGGAGAACUCAUUGUCAAGAUAAAGAUGAAUGCCAGAUUGGAGCCAGCAAGAUCUGUGGAAACCAUACACUGUGUCAUAAUACACACGGAAGUUUUUACUGUGUUUGCCUUGAUGGAUACCGAGCCUCCAACAACAACAAGACAUUUAUUCCCAAUGAUGGCACGAACUGUACAGAUAUAGAUGAAUGCGAGGAGUCUGGGCUGUGUGGUCACAAUGCAAGAUGCGUGAAUACUGAAGGAAGCUACAAGUGUUACUGCAAUGAUGGUUAUAAAUUAGAAAACGGAGAGCGUUCUUUUCAUCCAGAUGAGAACAUAGUUUCAUGCAAAGAAAUUGGAUGUGGUUCCCCUCCUGAAAUGAAGCAUGGCUACAUUGUGGGGAACUACAGCUUGCUGCCAGGAAGUGCGGUUCAUUAUGAAUGCAAAGAAGGGUUUUACAGCAAUGAGGGAAAGUUCUCAUAUUGCACUGCAAAUGGAACUUGGGAACCUGCCACUUUAAGCUGUAAAGGUGUGGAUUGUGGGGUUCCACCUUCUGUUUUAAAUGCAUAUCCGGCAUCUGUAAGUGGGACCACAUACAGAAGUGAAGUUACUUACAACUGUGUUCAUGGUUACUUUAUUGCAAGCGGCAAUCGGACUGCAGUCUGCAAUGCCAAAGGACAGUGGGAUGGUACUGAUUUGGUGUGCAAAGAAAUAGAUUGUGGCAAACCUUUGCUGAUUCCACACACAGAAGUGAUCUGGGACAGGUCCACCACUCUCUCGAGCAGAGUGUACUAUCAGUGUAAAGAAGGAUAUUAUUUUAAUGGAGACAAGAAUUUUUCAGAAUGCACAAUACAUCAGUCAUGGGAGAAUAUUACAUACAUAUGCAAAGAGGAGGAAUUAUUCAGUAAUUUGUCCAUAUUCAAUGAAACAUGUGUGAAAUGGCAAAGGAAAACUGGAAGACUGGAAGUGCAGGAAACGUACACAUUUCGCAUACUGGGCCAAAGAUGGGAUGAGAAGACAUUUUCAGAAGUUGCGAUAUUUAACAUCACUACAAGUGAAGAUAAUCCAAAGGUGUGUUUAGAUCUCAACUCUGGCAGUAACUACGUGGUGAAUAUUACUACCAUCUCUUCCACAAACAUCACUGUCUCAGUUACAGUAGCAGUUCAAACAAAGGUAAAGGAAGCUUUCAAUAAUGUAUUAAUUUUUAAUGAUACCUGCUUGAAAUGGUGGAGAAAUGUCAAGGGAACUGAAGUGGAAGACAGAUACUCAUUUCAUGUGCAGGGCCAGCGUUGGUAUCAGAAGGAGUUCUUUCAUGAAAUGACCUUCAACCUUACCACACACAAGCAGGCUCCAGAAGUUUGUUUUGAUUUGCAACCAGGCACCAAUUACUCUGUUAAUAUUUCCAUGGUAGCUUUGAAUUUUUCACUGCUCAUUUCGAUGACAACACAAAUCACAGAUCCCCCUUUCCCAGAUGUAGAAUUUGUUGCAGUAAAAGGUUCUGCACCCUUGCUCAGACUCCGGAAGGCAGAAGAUCGAAAUGGACCGAUCAGUCUUUAUCAAGUGAUUGUGCUUCCUCUGGGUUUGCAAAGCACUUUUAUUUGUGAUUCCUUUGCUGCUGCAACUUUCUUUAGUAACACCACUGACGUUAAAGGAUAUGUGGCAGCUGAAUUUCAGGCGAAGGAUGUUGCUGAUAACAUGUCAAUUGCUCUUGGAGACAGACAUUACUACGGGAAGUUUUAUAAUGCUCCUUUAAAGCUGGGAGAAGAGUAUUGUGUUUUUUUGAGAAUAAUAAGUGAAUGGAAUAAGGUGAGAACUCAGUCCUGUGUUGUUUGGGCACAAAUUAAAAAUUUAUCACCCACUCUGCAGUACAUGACUGCUUUUGGAUUAGGGUCACUUGCUGCUGUCUGCUUCAUACUGUUCCUGUCAUUCUCAGCGGCACGCUCUUAUCUCCACAGCACAGUGCACUCCCCACCUCCUGCUUUAGCCUGCGAGGCUGUACGUUUAUCUGCUACAAUGGACAUGGCACGAACAGGGAUUACAUCAUCAUUCCUAGAGACUGAAAAUGUCUCUCUUCUCUGAUGUGUUAUCCCCUGAAGUCAGCAUAGAGAAAAUGCACUCCUCUUACCAAAGCCAGCAUCUGUCGGGUAUGGACGUAUCUGCAUGGCACUUAUGUACUAUAGCAUGGGCAGAUGAAACGUGUUUGUUGCUGGAGGCGAGAUGUUUAUUGUCUCCCCUUGUUACCAGAUGGUGUGGUAUGUAAAGGAGACCAUUCCCUCACAAACAGG